AUGAAAUCGUUUUGUACCUUCGCCGCACUGGCGGUCGCAUCCGCAAUUGCUCAAGGGAGCUUUGCUGAUGCCAUCGGUCAAGGCAGAGCAACAUUCCAAAAGCUUCGCUCCAUUGCCAAUGUAACGGGGCUGACUGAGCUAGCAGACGCCCAACACUGCACGGUUGAAAUAAACAAGUUUCGGAAGGAAGUGGAUCCCAAUGCAAAAGAAUACAUAGCAAACGAAGAGGGAGAGCCAGAUACGGAUAUUGCAAGCUUCCUUUCGACGACAUGCGAAAAUCUCAAGUCCGGGGAUUUUACAAACAUAAUUGGGGAUGACGAAGAUAAAGCAUUUGUCAUUUCGGCCACACGGUCACCUGAAGCCCUACGGACCGCAAUGACCUGUGAGGAAGCCGUUCAACAAUGGAAAGAAGGAUAUUCAGUCUUCUCGGGUGAAUACCCUGGAGUGUUCAAGGAAAGCGGAGAACCAUACACCGACCCGAAUGCUGUAGCCUUUGUCAGCUUGUUGAGCGAAAAACCGGAGAUUAUUUACUGCGGCACUCCGACAGGUUGUGACGAGGGAAGCAUUGUAUGCUAUAUCAAGCCCUCAAGCAUAACUGAAGGGAGCCAUCCAAUUACUCGCCAGAUGUGGCAUAAGGUUGAGGCAAGCAAAGGCUUGAAGCCCACACUGGAGGCUCACGGUGAUGGCCACAAAAACUGCUUGGAAGCCGUCAAUGCUGUGCGUACCGUGAAGGGGCUGGGCCUUCCCGAAUUCACUGGUCCAGUGGACACGAAGAACAUGAAGAGGAGAAAUGCGAUUGGCGAUGCCACCGCUUAUGAGAAUGCAUUGUAUAACCUGAAGUGUGAAGAUAUAAAGGAUUCAAAAAUCCAUCCAAAUGUUGGAGAUGAAUACACUCUUAUCUACGCUAUUAAACAAGGGGACAAACCCCCAACAGCGGAAGAAGCAGUCGAAUUCUGGAAGGGCGGAUUCACUAAGCUUGGCACCGACGUCCCGCCGGCUUUUACUCUCAUGAAGCCCACACGCACUGAAGGAAUUGACGGCACAAUAUACUACGACAACGCAGUGGCGGGCUUCGCUUCCCUCAUGGUUGAUGAUGCCCGCGAGAUGAGGUGCUAUGACGCUACGGGCUGUGACAAUUCCGCUCUGAUCUGCUUCCUGUCAGAGCCGACCUUGGUGGAAAAUCACGAACCCAUCAGUGAAGAUACAUGGAAUAAGAUUUUGGCUCUCCAGAACGGAGAAGGUGACGAGAGUGAUGACAAGGAGGCUGAACUCGCAAAACGCGAUGAAGAUGAUAACUGCCUCGAAGAAAUAAAUGAAUUCCGCACUCAAGAAGCCCUUGGCCUGAAACCCUUCCUUGCCGAGAAACCAGCUGCUGAAGAAGGAGCGAAAGAUUCGACAGAAUCCGACUCUGUGGACUCUGUGGACUUCCCGACGGGCUUGACCUGCUCCGCCCUUGCGGAUGACAAUGCUCAGAUCUUGGAUUCCAAUUCAAAACGCAGCCUGAUGUACUACUAUGGCAGCGACGCAUCUUGCUCCGAAGCUGUCAAGGCUUGGAAAAAGGGCUAUGACAAGUUCAGGUGGGGUUGA